AUGGCCGUCACCCAUGCCGAGCAGCUCGAGCGUCUGUUCGGGGCCUUUGGCGAUGAGAUCUUUUUCGAGAAAGGAGCCUCACAAGAAGUGGAAGAUGUCCCCGAGGAAAUUAUCCUGGACCCUCUCCUUCUCGAUCGCCAAGUUGCAGCCAGGAAAGCAGCAAUUCAGGGAAAGUCCAUCACCAAGCCAGUCGAGAAGAAAACUCCUCACUACAUCGGACCACCUCUUGAGCCUUCCAAAUCUGAGAAAUUAGCUCCUGCGGAUUUCAACGCCCUAAUGAAGCAAGACUUCCCCGAGUUCAAGGGGAUGAAGGCGGGCGACCUCUCCGCGGAGAACACGACCUUCGUCUCGUGGGAUGUCGUCCAGAGAUACCCCCUCAGCUUCAUCGGCAAGACCAAUCGACCCAAGGCAACUCCCUUCUUCGAUGCCAUAAGCGAGGAGCAGACGUGGGACUUCUUUUACGUCUACCAUCCCAAGGCCCUGGAUCAGUCGCCCUACAUCUUCGUCCCGACGAUUCAGUUCCAGCACUUCCUGGACGUCGUCAAUGCCUCGAUCCAGACGAAUCUGACCGUCCCUGCUGGUAAGCCAGGCGAGAUGUUCUAUCUCGUGUUCGGCUCCAGCUGCACCAUCCGACCCAAGUACAUUGCCCGCUCCGCCUCGCACAACGAGUACCGCACCCUCACCGACGCGAUCCCCCCUGCCGAGGAGGAUGACGCGUGCGCCGACGCCACUGCCUUUGGUAUGGAGGCGCUCAUGAAGCUGCUCAACAUGCACGCCAACUUCAAGGACCUCAAGACCAAGAGCAAGAAGAAGAAACAGGACAAGGCGCUGAACCGGGCCGAGUCCAUCUACGAUGCGCAGCUGUACCUCGGCCUUCGACCCAAGGCCAGCGAUGUCGAUGGGAAGAACAAGAAGGUCGAGCUGGACAAGCCGGCCCCUCAUGCGCUGGAGCAGAAUGUGGUCUUUGUGUGCAUCGACGUUGAAGUCGCCGAGGACCACCAUGGAACUGUCUUGGAGAUUGGCAUCUCGAUUUUGGACACUAAUGACCUCGUUGGCGUCGCGCCUGGCGAGAACGGCCGCAACUGGGUUCCGUUCAUCAAGAACCGCCAUCUCGUCACCGAUGAAUAUCGUCACAUCCGUAAUCGCAAGUAUAUCAAGGGUUGUCCCGAACUCUUCAACUUUGGGUACGUCAUUUCAAUGCCACUCUUCAAGAAGGAGCGUCAACUAACGAUUAACAGCAAGAGCGAGUACCCCAAGCUCAGCGAGCUUGGUCACAAGGCCCGCACCGCCGUCAGUGAUCUCUCCUUUGACGGCAAAGAGGACGCCGGCGACAACGACAAGCGCCCCCGCACCAUCGUCCUCCUCGGCCACGACCUCGGAGCCGAUCUCGGAUACCUUGAUAAGAUGGGCGUAGAGCUCUGGGGCAUCAGCGGCGUCGCGAGCCGUACCCUCGACUCUAAGGACAUGCACCAGGCCUGGCGCGGCGAGUCGCAGGGCCGGAGCUUGGGUAUGGUGCUGACUGACCUCGGCAUCGAGCACAGCAACCUCCACAAUGCGGGCAACGACGCGGCGUACACCAUGCAGGCAAUGCUCGGUGUGGCUGUCAGAGAGAGAGUUGACAAGGAGUGGGAGAAUGCCGAGAAGGAGCGGACUGAGGCGAAGUGA